CGCACACAACACUCCCGCGGUCCCGCCAGGCUCCGGCGACUGGGCCCUUCUGUGAAAACCAUCCAUCCUGUGGUCGCCCAAACCUUCCUGGUUUGUGCUCUGGCUCCCAAGAACCCUGCUGGCAGGGGAGCUCUACUGGACAGGAGUCUCCCACAGCCCCGCAGCGCACCUCCACCAUGGAAACCCGGCAGAAACAGUGGCUGGAAAUAAUAGGCGCCUAUCAGUUGGUGCUCUCUUUCCUCUUCAUGGGCACCUUUUUCUCCCUUCUCCUCCUCUUCCUGCUCUUCACGCCACUCUGGUCUCUCUCUGUUCUCUACUUCGUAUGGUUCUUCCUGGACUGGGACACUCCCAACCAAGGUGGAAGGCGCUUCGAGUUCAUGAGGAACUGGAGUAUUUGGAAACAGCUAAGGGAUUACUAUCCGGUCAAGCUGGUGAAAACAGCAGAGCUGCCCCCUGACCGGAAAUAUGUGCUGGCUGCUCACCCACAUGGAAUCAUGAGCAUGGGAGUCUUAUGUAAUUUCGGCUCCGAGGCCAACGACUUCUCCAAGCACUUCCCUGGGAUUCGUGCUGUGAUGGCAGGGCUACACAUCCUCUUCUACUUCCCAGUCUAUCGAGACUAUGCCAUGUCCUUCGGAGCAUGUUCUGUGAACCAGAGGAGCCUGGACUUUGUUCUCUCUCAGCCCCCGAGUGGGCAGGCUGUGGUCAUCAUGGUUGGGGGCGCGCAGGAAGCCCUGUAUGCAAUCCCAGGGGAGCACCACCUCGUUCUGCGGAAUCGCAAAGGCUUCGUACGCCUGGCACUGAGGCACGGUGCCUCCCUGGUACCCGUGUACUCCUUUGGAGAGAACGACAUCUUCCAUUUGAAGGUUUUUGCCCCCAACACCUGGCAAUACCUGUGCCAGAUGACCUUCAAGAAGCUCACAGGCUACAGUCCCUGCAUCUUCUGGGGCCGCGGACUCUUCUCGGCCGACUCCUGGGGCCUGCUGCCCUUUGCCAGGCCCAUCACCACCGUGGUGGGCCGCCCCAUUCCGGUGCCCCAGAGCCUCCACCCCAGCGAGGAGGAGGUGGACCACUAUCACACGCUCUACAUGCAGGCUCUGGAGAAGCUGUUUGAGGAGCACAAGGAAAGCUGUGGGGUCCCUGUCUCGACUCACCUCACCUUUAUGUAGCCAUGGCCUGGCCAUCUACCCCCAGCCCGGAGUCCCCCCCACCCUGGAGCCCCAGGACACUGGGACCUCCCCCUAAGGAUGACUAUACUGCCUCAAUAAAAGCUCCUUCUCUCCCA